AUGACACCCCCUUCCCGGUCCUGGAAUGGCUGCGUUCGGUGUAGGAAGCGACGGCAAAAGUGUGGAGAGCAGAAGCCGCAAUGUGCGCGAUGUGAGAAAGACGGGAUAGCUUGUGCUUACCAGAAGCCGCUGAGGUUUGGAGGUCGCCCGUUCGAACAAUCGCGAUUUGGAGCCUGUCUAGCAAAGAAAGACGGAGGAGCCCGAAAAGCCGCGACUACUUAUGGAGGAUUUAUAUAUACUUCAGCGUCGGCCACCAGCGCUGACGCAUCAGAGACGUCGUUAUGCGAACUACCUCUGAGCACCGAGACACAAUCAGUAACGGCUGAGCCGGUAGUCGAGGACGAGACCUCCUUGGAUUUAAUUCAAGUCAGCCAACAGGUACCCAUUCACGUCCCAAGCCACGUCGACAUGUUGUCGUUCAUUCCUUGGAACAAUCGCGCGCUCCUCCAAUACUUCACUUGCAACGCCUCCAUGGCUCUGGCUUCACACACUGUUGUCCAUCAAGAGGUCUGUGAGUUGAUAUUACCCAUGGCCCUCGGGAACCCCGCCCUGCUUCAUGCCACCCUAGCCCUAGCUGCUAUUCAUCGGAAUUCCUUGACAUCUACCACCGAAAACGAGAUGAAUGACCGUGCUCAAAGACUUGUCACCCACCUGAUGGCUACAAGCAUACGCCAUCUGCGUCAAGAGCUCCGCGACCCAAGAUCCAGCCCACUGGCAGCAAAAGUUGCCACCACUCGCACACUGUUCCUCUGUGAGGCCAUCUCUGGGUCCCACUCUCUUCGGGCUUGGAGAGCUCACUUUCUGGGGGCCCGAGCCUUAUUGUCGUCGUGUGAAAGAUCCGUGGACGGGGCGCGAGUGUUUGAGCAGGAUCCCUCGCUCCUCUUUUUGCAGCGGUGGUAUAACAUCACCGAAGCGCUGGUUUCUGUCACAACCGAAGGGCUAUCGGCGGGCCAAAUCGCGUGUGGUGGACCACGAUCUCUCAUUGGCGAAAAGGGAGAGGCGGAUGUCUGCAUUGACAUGUACACCGGCUGUGCGGAAGACGUUUCUGCCGUGUUUCGAGAGAUCGGAGCCGUCGCUUGGGAGAGACGACGUGCAGUUGAUGAUCCCGGCCGACACCCCAGGCUUUCUGAACAUGACUUCUUGCGUGAAGCCGAUCUCCUGGAGAUGGCGGUCCGAAGGAUGAUUGAGCGUGAUAAGGCCCGGACGACAGUGUUCAACAUAUCUGGCACUCGUGAUUUGUCUGUGGAGGAGUCAAAGGAAUUCUUGCUUUGUAACGAAGCCUACCAACAAACCGCGCUCAUUCACAUCCAUCGACGAGUUUCGCGGCUUCCGCCCAAUGCUGCAGUCGUCCAAGAAGCCGUCAAAAGGAUUGUGGAAUGUGUCGAGAGCAUCAGACCUGCUGCAACCUUGUCGCCCCUAACCCUGCUGACAACACCCCUGUUCACUGCCGGCUGCGAAGCUACAGGUGCCGAACGCUGCAAGAUUGCGCAGUUAUUGACCAACAUGUUCACCCUUCUACGUCUACCAAACAUGAAACGUGCGUUACAAGUGCUCGAAGCCUUUUGGCGUGAGUCAGAAGCUUCCGGGAUUGCAUGGGAAGACUUUUCGCGUCAAAGGAACUGGGAUUUUCUGCCAUAUUGA